UUUAUUAGAGGAAGCCAAGGAGGCGCGGGUCUUGGAGCUCAGUCACGAAGAGGCGUGAGUUUGAGUUUGGAGCGCCCACAAGAGCUGACGCUGCGUUCGAGACUCGAGUGCGAGUGCUCACUGCUUUGCUUCGAUCCAAGUCGUGGGGAUGCAGUUGUAGUCCCCCCCCCUUUUUUUUCUUUGAAUCCACAAAUUCCUUAAGGAGCCCAAAACGUAACACAUAUUUGCCACUUUCCCCCUCCUCGCUUUCCGUCAAAAUGUGCUUGGGGCGAGUUCGCUCAAAGAUACCGGGGAGAGACGCUCUCGCGGUCCGCUCGCUGCUGUGCCUCGCCGGGGUGCUGCUCGCUCCUCUUACUGGAUGUGGAGCCUUCAACCUGGACGUGGACAACCCGACGGUUUACAGCGGGGACAACGGUAGUUACUUUGGAUACGCGGUCGACUUUUAUUUGGCUGAUUCUGCCAGCGCCAGCGUGGUGGUGGGUGCUCCCAAGGCUCACACGAAGCAAUUCGACAUUGUUGAGGGAGGCUCCGUCUCCUACUGUCCGUGGAGCCUCGGCCAAUCCGAUUGUCACACCAUCGAAUUUGACACACGAGGGGAUCGUUUCGUCCGUAUCAACAACACCUCACAUCAGCUCGAGUUCAAGUCGCACCAAUGGUUCGGCGCCACCGUGCGUUCCCACGGUGACACCAUUUUGGCCUGCGCACCUCUCUACUCGUGGAGGACAGAAAAGGACAUCCCGCGGUCUGACGCCACUGGGACUUGCUAUCUCUCCGUUGAGAAUUUCACCAAAUUUGUGGAGUAUGCACCUUGUCGAACAGAAAUCAGCGAUGAGGGUGGACAAGGCUACUGCCAAGGCGGAUUUAGUGCCGACUUCACCACGGAUGGUCGAGUUGUCUUGGGUGGGCCGGGCAGCUACUUUUGGCAGGGUCAGGUGAUCUCAGCAGAUAAAGAGGACAUCAUUAAGGAAUAUUACCCGGGUUACUUCAUGCAGUCUGUGGGUGGUCAGAUCCAGACAAAGCAGGUUGAGGCUAAACAUGAUGACAGCUAUCAAGGUUACUCUGUGACUGUGGGGGAGUUCAGUGGAGAUCAAGUUGAAGAUUUUGUGGCCGGUGUUCCAAAAGGAGUUAUGCUUUAUGGUUUGGUGUCCAUUUUGAAUGGAACUGACUUGAAGACAAUGAUUAAUUACACGGGCGAGCAGAUGGGAUCAUAUUUUGGCUAUGCAGUGGCCGCCACUGAUGUCAACAGCGAUGGAAUGGUCGACCUACUGGUGGGCGCACCCAUGUUCAUGACGCGAGGCUCCGACGGCCGGCUUGAGGAAAUGGGCCGAAUCUACGUCUACCUGCAGCGUGCCCCGUUGAGCCUGGAGCUCAGCCUACUUCACCUGACAGGCUCUCAGGUGUUUGGCAGAUUUGGCAGCACCAUCGCACCAUUGGGAGAUUUGAACCAGGAUGGAUUCAACGACGUGGCUGUGAGCUGUCCGUUUGGUGGGGAGGAGCAGCAGGGUUUGGUCUACAUCUUCAACGGCUUUCACCAAGGCCUCCGAGAGAAGCCAUCGCAGGUGAUUGCAGGCCAGUGGGCCGCAGGUUCAAUCCCCGCCAGUUUUGGCUUCGCACUCAGAGGAGGCAAGGACCUCGAUUGGAAUGGUUACCCAGAUCUUAUUGUUGGUGCCUUUGGAGUUGAUAAGGCAGUUCUCUACAGAUCGCGUCCCAUCGUCAACACCACCGCCUCAUUGACGAUUUACCCCACCAUGAUCAACCCCGAAGAGAAGAACUGCAUGACCACGAACGGGAACACAAGCAUUUCCGUUUCCUGUGUCAAUUUGAGUUUCUGCAUAUCCACUGAUGGGAAGCACCUACCAGAUGUUCUUGACUUCCAGGUGGAGGUGCAGCUCGACAGUCAGAAAUUCAAGCAGAAAGGAGCAGUGAAAAGAGCUCUUUUCCUGGACACCCAGCAGCCUUUGCUGCAGAAGAACUUAAGGGUGCGCCAUGGCGAGCGUGUUUGCAAGCACACCAAGAUCUACCUUAGAGAUGAGAAGGACUUCCGGGAUAAACUCUCCUCCAUCUUGGUGGCAUUGAACUUCAGCCUGGAUACCAAAGCUCCCGUAGACCAGCAGGGUCUGCGACCUAUUCUCAACUAUCAAUCCCCCAACAUGAUAGAGCAGAAGGCUCAGAUUCUGCUGGAUUGCGGAGAAGACAACAUCUGUGUCCCCGAUUUGAAGCUGGCAGUCCACGGGGACAGGAAGGAAGUGUACCUUGGCGAUGACAACGCCCUGACCUUGACUUUCAACGCCAGGAAUGAGGGUGAGGGUGGCGCCUACGAGGCAGAGCUCUAUGUGGUGCUGCCACCCGAGGCCGACUACAGCGGCAUCGCUCGUAAUAACGAGAGCCUGACCCAGCUGACCUGCAGCUACGACACCGAGAACCAGACCCGAUACCUCAGCUGCGAUUUGGGAAACCCCAUGAAGUCUGGCACCAGCCUUUGGGCUGGUCUUCGUUUCACGGUGCCUCGACUGAAAGACACGCACAAAACGGUCCAAUUUGAACUGCAGAUUCGCAGUAAGAACGAGAACAACUCCCACAGCGAGGUGGUGCCUUACAAGGUAGAGGUGGUUGUCCACGCUGAGAUCAUCCUUCAAGGGGUGUCUCGUCCAGAUAAGGUUUUCUUCCCACCGGCCAACUGGAAGGUGACCAAGAACUACGAAAUGGAACAGGAAGUGGGACCAGCGGUGGAACACAUCUAUGAGCUGGUGAACAAUGGGCCCAGUCGGAUCAGCCACACCCUGCUGGAGCUGCGCUGCCCCCUCGCCGCCCAGCGCCACAAUCUGCUUUACCCGCUGGAGUUCUCCACCGAGGGCCCCGUCAACUGCACCUCUGACAGCAACAUGAAUCGCCUCCAGCUCAGACUCAAAGACACGGCAACAGAACCGCCUCAUCUAGCUCUGAAGUCCCAUGAACACCGCGUGGAAAGGCGGGAUGCGCACAGGAACUCGCUCGCGCACUUGACAAACCUGUCCUGCUCCAGUGUGGACUGCUGGGCCCUACAGUGCCAAGUGGGUCUCCUGGAGAAAGGGACCACGGCCAUCCUCAAAGUGCGCUCCCGCGUCUGGGCCGAGACCUUCAUGGAGAGAGCAUAUAAGCAAUUUGUGCUUGAGUGUCUGGCCAGAUACAGUGUGAAGACCAUGCCCUACGCCAUUCUGCCCAAACAUGUGCCCAGUGGACACAAAAAGGUGGUGACGCCGGUGGUGUGGAACAAGCCUGACAUUGAGAACUCAGUCCCCCUCUGGAUCAUCAUCUUGGCCAUUCUGGCGGGUUUGCUGCUUCUGGCCUUGCUCAUUUUCGUUCUGUACAAGUUCGGCUUCUUCAAGAGAACCCUCCCGUACGGCACCGCCAUGGAGAAAGCCCAACUCAAACCGCAGGCUGCCUCGGAGGCCUGAGCGGCCCACGCGAGGCUCCCGCUAGCAGGGCCGCAGAACCACAGAACCAGGCCACAUGGUUGCAAGGGAGACACGCGAAGGAGGAGGACAAAGGAGCAAAGAAACGAGACCACUGGAGCUACAAGACUGGCCAGAGGACAAUUCCAGACGUACUCUCAAACCAAAUGAAUGUUUUGUUUCAUUUUGUAUUUAUGUUUGUUGGCAGGUUGGUUGGCAGGAUAGAUCAUUGAGAUCGACUCUUAGAUGUAGCUGACCUGUCCUUGAUGCUCCCAGGAUUGUCCCAAAUGCAUGCUGGAUAAUGUCUCCAGCACCCGGGACAGGUUAAGCGGGUAUAGACAACCGCCAGGGCGGACGUUUCGAGUCCGUCCGUGGCGACGAUCUCUCUGCCUCAGGUCGGAGGACGGUGCUGCAUUGAGUUGUUUUUGCACUCCAAAGAAAAUCUACUGAUUCACUUCCAAAGAUGCCAAAGACUGACUUGCGCUCCAUACGAGUUCUCGAGUUGCCUGCUACUGAUCGCUUUGCUCGAACACCGGAAUCCUCUGAAUAGCUCGAGAUGAGACUGGAACUGGACGACCUUGAAGCCUUGCUUUAAAAGUUCCACCAGAGAACGUUUUUGUACGCUGAAAAGUCACGAUGCCUCGAACCAGAGCCCUGUACCUGACAAUCAGCAGCAUUGUAGCCUAGACCGGGGGUUCAUGUCAGGAACGGGCGUCACUAUUUCUGCAAGUGUGAAGGAGCCUGUUUUCAGCUUGGCGUUACUGUGACAUAUUCUAUUUAUGACCCUUUUGACUAAAAAAGAAAGAAAAAAAAUCAGCCCACUACCAAAAGACUGCAUGACUGAACUUGAUCAAAACAAUCGUUGAGAUUUUUUUUAUUUUUUUGUAUUUAAUUUUAAUCUUGCUCCUUGGACUUUGACAUGCAAAUACUUUCUGACUUUUGAGUGUGAUAUUGGACAUGCAUUUGUGUGAAUGGUAUAUUUAUGAAUGUUAGUUUUAUUGGAUGAACUCCUCCAGCGUUCCCACCGAUAAGUCCUGGUUAGCCAUUUAUUGUUGAUGUUGACUUUCCACCCUGACGGCAAACAUGUCGGCGCCAUCCACAUUUUACUAUCAAAGCCUUGAUACAAAAAAUAAAUAAAUUAGGGUCCAAAUAUAGAUAUUGUCAAACGGUUGCAGAUAUAUCACGAUGUUGUCAAAAUGUUCCAAAUAAUCAUUCGGUCAAUGUGGAGUCAACAUGACACUAUUGUCACUGAUGUCAAAAUAUCACAAUACAAUCGCCAUUCAUAUCAAAUUGCAAUUGAUGUACAGGCAUCAUGAUAUUCUUGUUACUGAGGGAGAAGUAUUGCGAUACUAUUGUCAUUCCGAUUCUAAUGUCAUCAAAUGUUUGGCCUCUUCAAAACAAUCUAUAUACUUACUAAGCUGUGACUCCAUGGGGUCUAACCUAAACGUGUUGCUAUCUUUCUGUGGGUGACUCCACCGUCCUAAGUAGUUUCAAUUGGUUAAGUGUGCAAGGGUGCGGCUAGAUAGGAAGAUGCAGAAUCAGGAGAAAGAUCACAGCAACACAACCAAGCUCAAGCCACCAAUCUACUUAUGUGCCAAAGUGUGAAAGUAUUAAUAUUGUCAUUGAGUUGAAGCAUUGUGACACGAUUGGCACGAUGGUCCAAUUAUAUCAUUGGCUUUUUUUUGUAGGAAUAUUGUCAUGCAUCCAUCCGUGAUCUGAACCGCUUUAUCUUCACGAGGGUCGCGGGUGUGCCGGGCUACCCAAAAUCUGUGUCAAAAAACAGCGGUGUAACCCACUGAGCCACAUCGACCGUAUUGUCACUAUGAUCCAAUUAUAUGAUCAGUCAUUGAGUUAGAAAAAUCGCAAUGCUGUCGUCAAUUAUGUAAGUUUUUCGACGCUAUUGUUAGUGAUGUAAAGGUAUCGCAAUACUCUUGUCAUCAGUGGAGAAGUAUUGUGAUAUCAUACUGUCAUCACAAAGGGGCCAACCAGGCACUGGCAAUAUUUAUAUUCACACCUUUUUUUUCCAAGUCAUUGUUUUUAUGAGUUAUAAUUAUGACAAGCCAGAGCUUUGAGAUGCGAUCUAAAGUACCGGUAAGUUUUGUUUGUGAUAAGCACAUGCCAUUGUUCAGGUUCGUCUUUUGUUUUGAGUCCACGCUUUUUUUGAAUGGAUUUGUCACCACUUUGUUGCACGGAUGCCGAACACCAAUCUCGGAGAGCUGACGUGGUGAUGACUACGCCGUGUGGUUGCAUCUGUUCAAACAUGAUUGUUUCACUAAACAAGUGAUUCACGUUUGUUUGCCUCAUUCGACAUCCGCCCCUCGUGUAUAGAAUAGCGAUUUCAAAUGGAGUACAAAACUCUUCCGAAUAUCAAGCCAUUAUUUAUAAGAACAGGGCAUCACCUCCAGAGUCCCCCUGUGGUUACAUCAUGUGAAGGCACUGCACCCCUCACCCCCUUUAUUUUAUUUUCAAUUGUUGGCACGUCCCAGCCUUCUUUCUUUCUCUUCAAAAAAAAAAAAAGUUGUACAUAUUUAUAACUGGUAGAGUAAUUCCGAAUCCAAAUGGUAACUGAUGAAUUUUCUCACCCCAUAUUGGGGAUUUGUGUUUGAUUGUUAGAGGGGGAGGAGGGUGUCUCAGAGGUCAAUUUGUUCCAAAUUCUUGCAUUUCUAACUUGUAUGAUUUGUAUUUUAAAUAAACUUGUUUCCCUUUUUAACAA